AAUAUGAGUAUGGGAAGCUGGGGCCACCUACACUGAGUUCCAUGAUGGAUCCACAUCAUCACCUCUCCCAUUCGUAGCUGAGAGCAUGUGAACCGUCUACCGUCUCUGGCACUACCUUUCUUAGGGUUCGCCAGACAAUGUACCACCUCUUCAAAUCAAUAUAUCUCCAUGCAACAAGCAAAGAAGAAUACUCCAUCCUCGUCCUCGGCCUCGACAACGCCGGCAAAACCACCCUCCUCGAGCAAAUAAAAGCCGCCUACUCCGCCAACCACCCGAACCUCAAGACCGUCCCCACCGUCGGCCAGAAUGUCGCAACCGUUGAGCUCCCGGCCCCAAACCCCCUGUACCUAAAGAUCUGGGACGUCGGCGGCCAGCACUCGCUGCGCGGCCUCUGGCAAUCCUACUACUCGUCCUGCCACGCCAUCGUCUUCGUGAUCGACUCCACCGACGUCGGCGACGCGGACAUCGCCACGCUGUCCACGGACGCAGGCCGCAACGACGAGCAUGGCCGCCUCGACGAGUGCCGCCUUGUGCUUGAGUCCGUACUGCACAACGAAGACGCGACGGGUGUACCGAUCCUCGUACUUGCGAACAAGCAGGAUCGCGAGGACUGCGUGGAGGUUGUAAGGAUUAAGGAGGGGCUUGUGAGGAAGGUGUUUGAGGGCGAGAAGGGCGGAAAUGUCAGGGAUAGUAGGGUGUUGCCUUGCUCGGCGUUGACGGGUACGGGCGUCCAGGAGGCGGUCGAGUGGUUGUGUAGUCGAGUAAGGUGGAAUAAGGAGGCGAGGCCGCCGGUUAUGAGAUGAGAGGAGUGGAGAGGAGCUGUUUGGGCUGGCAAUGCAAAGUGUGCAGAAUUGUAUGCAAAGAUAAGAGUGGAGAUAUAUACCCCAGAUUUUGAUUCGUUGGUUUUAAAGUGUUCUGAGGUAUUCAUCACGUCGACGUGAGUAUCUUUGAGAAGGUCAGACUGGAUUGUGAUAUUGUGACUUGAAUAUCUGUUUGAAGAUGCGUGCAUGUACGAAGCAAAGCCUAGGGCACAAGCCCCC